AUGUCCGCUGACGGCGCAGAGGCACUCUGGACGUUUUCUCAAGCAUUCACGUCCUCUUUCCAAGCGUCUUGUACUGAACUUGCCACCCGUCUCAAAGUUGCAGAUGCGGAUUCUGUGCACUCCAUUGCCGGAGAAAUACAGGCUCUCAACAAGCGUUUGACUGAAGCCACUGGGAGACUUCCAAGCUACGAUCAAAGACAAAAUGAACUGCAACUCAAAGCAUUAGAGAAGUCACUCGAGGAGUUGCGCUCAUCGACCACAGGGAAAACAAAAUUCGCUUUUAAACGGAAGAUCAAGAUACCAGCAUCAGCAUCAACAGAGACCGCAACUGCUACCUGCUCGGGUGAAUGCACCAGCGAUACCUCCUUCAACAAUAUCUACGACAUACAGAAUUCAAUUCUCAUUCUAGGGAUCGUCGAUGGUAGCAUUAUGUUGCACAACUUAACAAAUUGCGUGGUUGUUGCUGGAUGUCACCAGUUCAGGAUGCACAAUUCCACUGCCGUAGAUGCAUAUCUUGACAUUACAUCGAAUCCAAUCAUCGAAAGCUGUGAUCAAGUGAGGUUCGGCAUGUACCCGAGCGAGUUGAAGAUGACCACUGAUCAGCCACCUCUGGUCACCGAAAAUCAUACCGAGUUCCCCUUCUUGCCCCAGGACUUCUCGCACAUUCGCGCCACACCAUCACCCAAUUGGAGAGCGCUGGAGGAAGACAAGUUAGUUCAUGAUUGGCCCCUUUCAGAGACCAAUUACACUGUCCAACUCGAAAGGGUAUUACCCCGUCCCAAAAUCUGA